UCAAUUGUCAAUUUUAGUCUAUUGUUAUUUUUUACAUUUAUGUUUUCUAUUAAAAAGAUAAUAAAUUAAGUUGGCUCAAAAUCUAUACAAUCAUACUAGAUAUUGGUUUACCAAAAAUUGCUGAUCUACCAGAGACCGGAGAUUUUUACAUUUUUAUAAAUUACUACGUGCUCUGCUACAAAUCUCAUUUGGUACUUUUACCUAAUUGCAACACUGUGCCCCCAGUGGGGUCAUGUCAAAAACUGAAGUGGAAAACUGCAAAGAAAUACACAGAUAAAUAAGUAUAUAAAUAAGUAUUUUCACUGAUGCUGUUGUUUUCUACUAUUGGGGAGGAGUAUCAACCAGCGCCAAUAAUAACCACUAACAGCAGCAAUAUCAUUUUGAGAAGCAAAUUAAUAACAUCAAUAGUGACUUUUCGCAAUCUCUACUCUGUCACCACCAAGUUAUGGAAAUCGAAUGGUGUGUAAAAUAAAAAGCAAACGAAACUGGUGAGAAGACAUUGAGACAGAUUGUCUGCUAUACGCGACCCUUGUGUCGCAUAUUUGGCAACGGCUUACCAAGGCUGGGUGUCUCCAAGGCCUGACUGUUGUUUUACCAGGGCUUCAGAAGAAUCCGUAAUGAGUCAGCCCAUCUAAGUGAUCUUGCUAGAUUAGUAAAUAGUUUAUCAAUGCAUAUGUACUUUAAAAAACAACCAUCAAAAAUCAGAAACUGCCUCGUCGCUCAUCUUUACUGCCAAUGAUGCACAAAUCGAGUAUUUAACUAUUAUAAAAUUGUUAAAUGAUUUGUUUGCAUACACUAGCGCUUUUAAUUACAAGAACUUUUGUUUCGAUAGGCCGUCGCAAAUUAUCGGGCAGCUGUCAAGCAAGCAAUUAGUAAUUUAUUUACCACAUAUUUUACAAUUAACUAUCGUAAUACUGCGAUGGGUAAUUGCCUGCAUUGCUUCCAGACAUCGUCCGAUAAUUCGGGUUCACCGACCUUGGCCACAGCGCCCACCUGCCAAAAACCGCAUAUAGAAGAAACGGAUGAAUUGCUCUCGCCCAGAAGUCCACUCAAGAACGCAAACAAUUGUGAUACUAAGCGAAGUAGUUUUAAGAAAUCUUUGGUUCUACUUAAUGGAAAUGCCACCACCAUGAGUGAUAUAAUAACAACAGCCGUAAAGGAAACGCUUGAAGUGUCGGAUAAUACGCUUAAUCAGCUUUUCGAAGAAUAUAAAGAUCCCGAAGAGGAUAUGAUACUCACUGAGGGUAUUGAACGUCUCUGUCACGACCUCAAAUACCAGCCUGAUGAAUUCGCCAUACUGGUGUUGGCCUGGUGCCUAGAUGCAUCACAAAUGUGUCGAUUUACCAAAUCGGAGUUCAUUGAAGGUUUACACAAAAUGUGCGCAGAUACUAUCGAAACAGUACGAAUAAGACUGGAGCAAACGAUUGAAAUGCUCAAAAAGGAUACAGAAAUGUUCAAACAACUCUAUCGCUUCACAUUUCGUUUUGGUUUGGAGCCUGAUCAGCGCAUUCUCUCGUUGGAUAUGGCCAUCAGUUUAUGGAAAUUGGUAUUCACGGUGCAUACGCCAGAACUGCUCGGUAAUUGGAUACAUUUCCUCGAGCAGCACCCCAGCAUACGUGGUAUUCCAAAAGACACGUGGAAUAUGUUCUUAAAUUUCUCCGAACAAUGUGAUAUCAACAAUUAUGACGAUACAGAAGCAUGGCCGAGCUUAUUUGAUGAUUUUGUCGAUUACGAACGUUCAAGGCUGACAACGCUCACGGAAAUUACCGAAAGUGAAGGCGCAGCUGAUGACAGUUAUUGUGCGAGUAAGGGAGUUGUCGGGGAAUCUGCAGAGGACACACAAAUAGAGGCAUGUGUCGCGGCUGGUUACGUUGACGAUGACAACAACAAUGAUGAUUUUAGUCGUCAGUCGCAUCAAUCACAAUUAGGGAAGGCGGGUUCAACGGGAACAACGGGUGUUCGCAGCGCUAACGAUGAUAUCUUAUAGUAUUAAACAUUUGUUCGUAGAACGAUAUGUCGCGAGGAAUUUUAAAAGUUCUAGUUUCAUUAUUAUUAUUAUUUUUAUUAACUAAACAAAAUUCUACAAAAACUCAAAAGGCUAGAAAAAGGAAACAAUUGGCCGCAAAGCAUUUCGAAGACGAUAUUUGCAUUUGCGUUUGUGUUGCGAAACGCACUGCUCAUUCGAAGAUCUCCUUUUUACAAUUAAUAUUAUUAGUAUAAUAUAAUAAAUAAAUGACUUAUUUGCUUUGUGCUAAUUAAAUUUAAUGUUCAUUCACAUUAGACUUGAAUCGAAACGAAUAACGCUUUUCCAGUGAGCAACAUGGUGCGUUAGGUUAAGCAUUUUAUCUUUAAAUCGUUUUGUUGUCUAAUCAAGUACAUAUACUUAUAUUGUAUAUGUGUAAGUUUACUUGAUUUUCAAACGCCUUUUGAUUAAGUGUGGCACAUUCCCAACUGAUGCGAAUAUUCAAUUUAUUAUUCAGCUUAGGGUUAAGAGGGAGUUACAUACUAAUAUAUACUAUGCAUGUAUAUACAAAGGUAAUUUGUAAGGUAGCAGUAGUAACAAAAAUUACGUGCCUCACGAACGAUAUUACCUGGUGUCCUUCCGUUCAACCUUUUAUUGAAUUGCAUAACCGUGUGUUUAUUAGCAUAAUGUUGCCAAAUUAAUAAUUAUUUAUGCCUACAUUUAUACAUGCAUACAUACAUACAUACAUUAUUUGAAAUUCACGCUGUAUAUUUGUUUGAUGAAACUGUAACAUUAAAUUAUUAGUUGCACGAUACAUUUGUUUCUCCAUUAACAUGAUUCUAUGCACCACAUAUACAUACAUACCUAGUUCCAUAAUUAUGAUAAGACAAUACAUACCAUUCAUUGAUGUAUCGCAUCCUUAUUUAUGAAUAAAAAUGCCGAAAUAAUAUUUUUUAUGGUCAAUUUACUGUGGCUUUCUGCUCGUACAGUUUUAGGCUGCAUACUUCUAAUUGAGUUGCAGCAUUGUAGUUUUGUUACCGAAAAUUAACACAUUCGUUGAAGCCUUACGUUUAACCAAAUACAUAUUAAUAUAUCUAUGUAUUUGCUGGAGUUAAUAUUUUUCUUUUAAAAUUUGUAAUUAACUAAAUUUUCUUUACUUUAAUUUAAAUUUCUUAAUAUUUUUAUUUUAAAUUCAAUAUUGAGAUGACGCUUCGAUGCCUAGUGUAAAAAAAAUUGUCACAGUUGUACAUAUGUAUGUAUGAAACUAAAUUUAUUUGUAAAUGAAAAAAAUUAUUGUAAAAUAUUUAAGAAAUAGUUCAAAAUUAAAUAUUAUGAAUACUUAUGCAUACGCAAAUUAGGGUGACCGUUAUUUCUCUAGUUGAUUGUUUUUUUCUUUUGCAAACGCCCACUGGUGUUUUAAGUUUUGCGCUAAAUAUAAAGAUCCAAUGUAGAAAGGCUUUUUAUUUUCAAUUUAAACCAUACCUUUAAAAGUUAUACGCUGUUAGAGAUAUUCAUGAAAUGACGUGACCAUUCAUGCAAGUGAUGAAUACAAUUUGUGUUGCUCAUACGACAUGGUGUACCAUUUGAAUACAAUUGGUACAUAAUUUUAACCGUGUAUUAUUUUUAAAGGAAUAUUUUUAUAAAAAAAAUCAGUAAUGCCCUUCUUGAAGAGCGGAAUUGUUGUUGUAAAAUAUCAUUUUUUCAAAGUUGUACAUCUAUUUGUUUAGUAUAUAAAAAUGUAUUGCAAAAGAUCAAAAAAUCACACGGGAAAAGAAAUAUGAAUUAGUUUAAAUUAAAUUUAAAUUGAAAAUAAAGAGUUAAAAUAACGGUCACUCUAAUAUACACAUGUACAUAUACAUAAGUCCUAUAUAUGUAUUUACGCGCUGAUUUUGACUUAAAACUCAUAUAGUAAUUAUAUACAUAAGUAUGUACUUAUAUAUUCCUGCAAUAAAAAACUAAAAUAAAAUGUAAUCUUUUACACCUUCAAA